GCGCUGCGGCCGGGCGACUGCGAAGUUUGCAUUUCUUAUCUGGGAAGAUUUUAUCAGGAUCUCAAAGACAGAGAUGUCACAUUCUCACCAACCACUAUUGAGAAAGAACUUAUAAAGUUCUGCCGUGAAGCAAGAGGCAAAGAGAAUCGCUUGUGCUACUAUAUCGGUGCCACAGAUGAUGCUGCCACGAAAAUCAUCAAUGAGGUGUCAAAGCCUCUGGCCCACCACAUCCCUGUGGAGAAGAUUUGUGAGAAACUGAAGAAGAAAGACAGCCAGAUCUGUGAGCUAAAGUACGACAAGCAGAUCGACCUGAGCACAGUGGACCUGAAGAAGCUCAGAGUGAAAGAGCUGAAGAAGAUCUUAGACGACUGGGGAGAGACAUGCAAAGGCUGUGCAGAGAAGUCUGAUUACAUCAGGAAGAUAAACGAACUGAUGCCUAAAUAUGCCCCCAAAGCAGCCAGUGCUCGGACUGAUUUAUAGUUUACCCAAUCCAAUUCCUGCUGCCGCAGAGGGGAAGAAGUUUGGCUGUCUCUUGACAAAACAGCCUUUUUGUAAUUUAUUUUUUAAGCGGGCUCCUGACAAUAUCAGAUAUGAAGCCUAGAGCUUUCUUGAUGCGGGCUCUAUGGUGCCCACAUAGUGGGAUUCAUUUCCUUCUGUUGCUGGUUUACUCUCGGACUUCAAAGUAUGUUUGGAAUUUUUUUAUUAAAAGAAAAAAAUCUGCCCUUGGAGAGUUAAAGUGAAUGCUGACAUAGGAUUUUAAGCCCAUGAUGAAGAUCCCCACCAUUUUAUGAUUUCCAGUUUGCAAAGGGUUUUGGGGUAUAUUCUCAUUUGCUGUUCAGCCCAUCAGUGCUGACAAGACCAGGGCAGGCCACUGGUUGAGGCCAGCUGAUGUGUGUCCCUUUUUCAGGACUGGGAUGCAUUGGUCACCUCAGCCCAGGGAAAAGGUGAAGUUUGGCACCCUGCACCACCCCACUCCCUUUUUCAGUAGGAGGGGCUGGAGGCUGCCCUGUUCUUGAAGUACACAGGAGGGCCUUACAUCUGUCCUCAAUAUAAGUAGGACCAAGGGUACAUGGAGUGUUUUUCCACAAUGACUUCAAU